ACCGUUACGUUAUGACGUCGAGCGCAGAUUGAACAAACUGAGGGGACUGAACGAAAGAAAGCAGCGGCAGACAGGCACGAAAAAAAACAGAGUAAAAUAUUCCAGAUUAAAGAAGAUGGCAGUGAACGUAUAUUCAACUUCAGUGACCAGUGAUAAUUUGAGUCGACAUGACAUGUUGGCAUGGAUAAACGAAUCUCUACAAAUGAACCUUACUAAGAUUGAGUUGCUCUGUUCAGGCUCUGUAUACUGCCAGUUCAUGGACAUGCUUUUCCCAGGAUGUAUGCCAAUGAAGAAAGUGAAAUUUCAAGCCAAACUGGAACACGAAUUCAUCCACAAUUAUAAACUUUUACAAGCAAGCUUCAAGAGAAUGGGUGUUGACAAAAUUAUCCCUGUGGACAAAUUAAUAAAAGGAAAAUUCCAAGACAACUUUGAAUUUGUUCAGUGGUUCAAGAAAUUCUUUGAUGCCAACUAUGAUGGGAAAGAUUAUGACCCAGUUGGUGCCAGACAAGGCCAGGAGACCGCACCCUCACUCAAUACUUCCACGCCUGCCCUGAACAAACCCAAGAAAAUCCCCAUCACAGGGGGAACAGCCCCUCAGAGGACCGCAGCAGUGGCAAAGACUGCACCUGCCUCUAAAGUGGGGGCAGGGGCAGGAGCAGCCAGGAGACCAGGGCCAACAGGAAACUGUGAUGAAGAAAAGACCGAGCUUAUUCAGGAGGUUAACUUACUAAAAAUCACAAUUGAAGAUAUGGAGAAGGAGCGAGAUUUUUACUUUGGCAAACUGAGAAAUAUUGAACUUAUCUGCCAAGAGAAAGAAGGGGAAAGUGACCCAACAUUACAAAAGAUUGUUGACAUCCUGUAUGCUACAGAUGCUGUGUCCAAUUGCCUGGAGUCAGAGACGGCUACAAGCAAUUGAGAGAUGUACAAAGUAUAUGCUGGGGAGGGCUUUGUGAUACCAGAUGGUGAAUCGCCACAGGAGCAAGAGGAAUACUAACAUUCCACACUUGAUGCAACUUAUAGAUCACCUGUACCCACACCAGAUCAUGUUAUGCAUUUGGUUCUGAACAAACUUUAUAUCAAAAUGUCUGUUUAAGCAAAAACAAAAUCCAAUUUCAAGUACCUCCUUUCUUAAAACUUUCAAGUUUUUUAUCCUUGACCUGAAUAAACAUGGGAAUCUGAUGACUGCAGAGCUGUAUUGUUUCCAGCAGAGUAAAAUGACACAGAAAUGUCAGUCUUCAGAAUGUAUUUCCUCAUUUUCUUUUCUAUGGGGGAUGGGUUGGGGAAAGAGACACAGAAAGGUGUGCAGCACCUUUGUUUUAUUUGUUUGUUUUUUUUACUUAAGCUUGUGAUCUGCCACCUCUUUUUGUAGUUUAAAACAAGCACAUCUUCUGAAUAUUGUGCAGGUUUAUAGAUUGCUGGUAAUUUCAGGUGUUGCAGUCGUAAGAUUUGAUAUUUUUACCUUUAUAAGCAAUUUGCAAAUAGUACAAUAUUAUUGGGGGUGGGCAGGUUGAAGAGAAAGUGCUUUUGCUCAUAACUGAUCGUUCCCACGCAAUAGAAAGAAUGAGCAUUUGAGGGUCAAUUUUGAGGGUUACUGAAUCGACAAUAGUGUUGAAAUGUGACUUCAGGCUUUGCACAAUUCAAGUAACUCACAGAAGGAAUUCUACUGUACCCCAUGUAUCCUGCAUUUGCACCCUGGAAAAAAAUGAACUUGAGUGUAACAGAUGGACAGUAUUGUUUUUUCAAUUUGAUGCUGGUUUAUGAUGAGAAUCCUCUUAAAAAUGAAUGAAUAAAUCAAAUACCUAUUUUAUUCUCUUAUUUGGUACAGGGGAAGUGAAAGUGUUUGUUAUCAGUCACCUGCUGACAUUUUAAUUUAAACGUUGAGCCUGAAUCCUAAAAUUUGUAUGAAAAAAACUGCUAUCUCUGUUUUAGAAAUUGCACCUUCCUGUAGUGCAAUUGGCACUUUUUUUGCUUUACCAUCCUUGCUACUUCUCUCUGAGGCAAAUAUAGCAUUAGUAUCUGGCUAUUUAUUAAAAAUCGUAGUGCAGUAAAAUUGAUCAUGUCAGGACUUUUUAGCCAAACACUUAUGACAAAAAGAGGAAAAAAAGGUAUAAUUUAACGACUGCCUUCAGUUGGCUUUUUAAUAGUUAUGUAUGUGCCAGUACCUCUCCAGACUUGUCUUGUUCAAGGUCCAUAUUAGGUUUGCUUGCAUUUAAGUAUAACUUUGUUACGUUUUUUGGAAAUGUUUUGUGAUGGUGGAAUACUGAGACUCAAUUUAGAAGUUGCCAAAAAAUGUACAAUAACUAGCCAUUGUUGGGGAAGAAUACUACAGUGGUGCUAUCUCAAUUCUCUGGUGGCCUUUUACAGUUUGUUGCCCUAAGAUUCCUGUACACUGUGGACAAAAUACCACUGUUGGUCUUUUUCUGCAGGGUGUUUUUUAUUUACUGAAGUCAGUUUCUUACUAACAAUAAAGUUCUGGAUUUCCAAACUG